UAGUAAAGGACUUAUUUCAGAGAUCAGAAAGAAAAUGUCUGAGCGAAGUGUAGAACUUAUGAGCAAGAGUGAAUCUCUAUCGGAAAAUGUACUUAAACAGUCAAAAUCUUCCAAAGUUAGAUUACAGGUUGCACCAGCAUCUCAAUAAGAACUGGUUAUUUCUUCAGUAUAUAUGGUUGUUUUUUCGUUUACAAUAAUUGUGAUGCUAUCAAAAGUCGUUCUAUGAAGCGAGGUAGAAACGUAGAACAUCUUAGUGACAACUGAGAUUGUCAAAUUUAUUUUUGUAGUAUGUACUUCUGACAUGAGUCAGCGAUAUGCGAUCUGUAUGGGAAAAUACCAAAAACAUCUCAUUUAAAAAUGUUUUGAGGAGUUUUCUAGAAUAAUUCAACUUGUAUUUUAAUUUUUAUAAGUAAUCUUUUGACAUCUUGUUUUAAUAUACGCACUGCCAUGCGUCCCUAAUCCUUGUCUUCAAAAUUACUAAAGCAAAAAUCGUUUUCAUCGCUGCUAUCGUCGGUUAUAAUAAGUUCAUUAACGAUUACAUCUAAACGAUUUUUCCUUUAUUUGCGAUCACCCGAUUGCAAACUCUUGCAAAAUGACAGCUAAGAAAAGGUACGAAGCCGAACGCCUAUUCGGCUAUUAAACUUUGUACAUCAUUAUAGCACAAAAGUAAUUAAUUGUUUCCGUUUAGAUGUUUUUUAUUUCCAAAUAUUGUCACUCCAUUCGCCUAUAUUUUUCGUAUAAUGUUUAGAUAAUUACCCUAAAAUCGAUCACCCCCAUAAAUGUCUUAUAUAGUAACACAGAAAACCUUUUAAAUUAUUACACGUAAUCUUCUUCUUGUCAAAAAAGCUCAAGGCUAAAUAAAAUUGCUCAAAAACAAGGUAAAAUAUUCAAAUGUUUACUGUUCCGAUCUUAAUCAAUCUUCAACAAAUUCACUCUUUUGUCAUGUCCGAAUCAAGGAACACCACAGCCGCUACACCAUGGCUAUACGAUAUCGAUCCCGAAGACACCAACUGGAUCAUAACAAGUUCUUUUAUGAUUUUCACAAUGCAAACAGGUUUUGGCAUGCUGGAGUCCGGUUGCGUAUCGAUCAAGAAUGAAGUCAAUAUAAUGAUGAAAAAUGUAGUCGACAUAGUCUUAGGGGGUCUUACUUAUUGGAUCUUCGGUUUCGGGUUGUCUUUCGGACGCAGCCCCCUCAGCAACGGUUUCAUCGCUUUCGGCGACUUCUUCACAGACCCCGUUCUUAAAGAUCCCUUAAAAGGGGCCAUUUAUGCCGCUUUUAUUUUUCAAUUGUCUUUUGCCACUACCGCCACCACCAUAGUCAGCGGGGCUAUGGCCGAAAGGUGCAAUUUCAAAGCCUAUUGCAUUUUUAGUUUUCUCAAUACUGCCAUCUACUGCAUUCCUGCGGGGUGGAUGUGGGGGGAUCAAGGCUUUUUGAAAAAAAUGGGAGCUGUUGAUAUUGCAGGUUCGGGGGCUGUUCAUUUAAUUGGAGGGAGUUCGGCAAUGGCCAGUGCUCUUAUGUUGGGGCCACGACUUGGCCGGUACGACAAUGGAAUUAAAUCACUCCCAUUGGGGAAUCCCGUUAAUGCAGUUAUGGGACUAUUUGUACUUUGGUGGGGAUGGCUAGCCUUCAAUUCUGGAAGUACUUAUGGGCUGAGUGGUGAAAAAUGGCAUUAUGCAGCAAGAGCGGCUGUUAUGACAAUGAUUUCGUCAUUUGGAGGAGGCACUACCAGCCUGCUGUAUUCACUAAUUAGACAAAAAGGGCUCAUUGAUGCUAUUGACAUAAUUAAUGGUAUUUUGGGGUCGCUAGUAGCCGUAACUGCCGGCUGUUUUUUGUAUCAAGCAUGGGAAGCUUUAGUAAUUGGUGCUGUGGGAGCGCUACUAGCGUGUGGUUUUAUGCCACUCUUCGAUUUGAUGGGGAUUGACGAUCCAGUGGGUGCUAGUGCUGUCCAUGGGAUUGGGGGCAUUUGGGGGGUUUUAGCUGUAGGGCUUUUCGCCGACGAUCCUUUUCCUUUAGACACAACAAGUGGCAGGCGCGGUUUAUUUAAAGGGGGCGGUUGGUACCUGUUGGGUGUUCAAAGUCUGGCUUGCGUUUGCUUAACCUGCUGGGGCAUCGUCAGUUCUGUUAUCCUUCUCUGGUUUAUAAAUAAGAUCGUGACGAUUCGAAUGGAAGUCCAUGCUGAGCUUUUAGGAGCUGACUUGACUGAACAUUCUGUUAAACAUGGGAAUGUAAAUGUGGGCGUAUCGAGAGCAAUUUCUGUUUUGGGUCCGGUUCUGGAUUCAGAGGAUGUUCGUCGAAUUGAUAAUAUUGGGAUGAAUCCUAUGCAUGAGAGAAAUAUUAAUUUGGUUAAAAAUUUAUCGAGAAAAAAACGAUACAAAUUUUCCAAGAUCUUGAGAGACAUAACCAGAAACAGGAAUUUGGGAAUUAAUUUGGCCAAGAAUUUAUUACCCAAGAAGGCGAGAAAAAAAUCUGCGCCGAAGGAAACAGACUUAGGUGAUAGGAGUGAUAAUCCGGGUCCGGGACCAUCUCAGAUGGCUUGGAUCAACUAAAAAUUUUAAUGAAACAGUUGUUUAUGAAAAAUGGCACAUAGUAUAUUAUGUACGUAUUGUAUAUUACAUUGAUAUUCAUUUUAUACCGUAUUCUAACUGUAUAUCUUAAGUUUACUUUUUCAUCACGCUGUAUUU